GCUUGUUUCUCAUGUUUCGCUAUUCUACGAAAUUUUGAUGUCAUUAUACUGUGUCAAUAUGAUGUAGAAUGUUUUUCUUCCCUUUCUGCUGCUCGUAAGAAUUCUCUUUCCACCUAUAUCGACAGUAAAAGUAAAGGCAAUAAAUUAAAAGUGAUUCAUUCAGAUCCUUUUCUUUGUAUAUAUUUUAAUUUCGAGGAUUUUUAUCGUGGCUUGUCGUCCAGUAUUUGAAUCUUUCCCAUUCAUUUACUGAUAUUGUCCUUUGUCUUACCGUUGUGUGAGCAAAGUGGAAAGCCCUUGUUUUACAAUUGGUAAAUCCGCUUUUCAGCUUUAUGAUUGAAAUUGCUCUAUCAUGACUUCUUUGAAUAACACAUCUCCAACAACGCCCUCGGGCGAUGAAUUAACCGGUCUCCAUUCGGUCGACCAACAAACUACAAGUACUACGGGUAAUAAAUCUCUUAAAGGUCAUUAUGGCCCUCAUCCUCACCAGGAUCAUCCUUCUGCUUAUGUUGCCGCUAAAUCUGGAUACACCUCACGAAAUUUGACACCUAAUUACCGCGAUAAUCAACCUUCUCGGACUGCAAAUGACUAUUCUACGGCCUCCGACGGUACAGCUGCUGGAACAAGACACCAAGCUCGCUCAACAAGUGCUGUGGAGAGUCCUGAGUCUGGUCCUGGCUCGAUGGAUGCUUCAGGUUCUUUCGACUAUCAGCCUCAUCCUCACGCUGGCAAGGCCGCUCAGUCCGCUCAUGUUUUCAAAUAUAUAAAUUUAUCAGAAGGUGAACCGAAUGCAAAUGCUACUGAUUACGAGGAACAUCGCAAACCAUUACAAUUUCUCAGUGGCCCUGUUUUCACAGGUUCUGCUCAACAACCUCCACCUACUGAUCUUAAUCCACAACCUUCGAAUGAACAUGAUGAAGAAGCUUCUCGCAAAAUCCGUCUCGCUUCUCAGAUGGCUAAACAUUCUGCAACUUUCGCUCAUCAAACACCAGAACCUCAACCCGCUACUGAAUCUGAAUUACCCCAUCGUAUGGCUGCUUCUCAACUGGUUCAUAAUAUUUCUUUACAAGGUUCCUCUUCCUUAAAACCAAAAGAAUCUUCUUACGAAGUUUCUCCACCUGUAAACCUUAAUUCUCUUGCUGCUGCAUCUUAUGCUGCCUCUCACUCUCGACCCUACGAUGAAUCGUCCGCUCCUCCUACUGUAGAACAGCAGAAGUCGUCUUACGAUGAUGGAAGAGUUCGCAAUAUGCAUAUGUUUUCCGCGUCCGGUAACAACGCUUUACGGGAUCGUACACAACAAGAUAUGGUCGCACAUGGAAAUAGAGAUGAUGCUUUCGCUAACUUUUCAAAAAGCAAUAUUUUAAAUAAUGCGCCAGGCUAUCAAGGCUCACGAGCUUCUGCAUCUAUUAACACUAAAAAUGUUAGCAAUGAGCGUCAUUCAAAACCUAUUUACUUCAGUCCAGGUUCUGGUGCAGUCACCAGUCCGUAUCAGCAAAAACCAAAAGAACCAUCAUAUGAUUUCAGUGCUGCGUCCGCUGCUCUUCGUCGUCAUCGUACUACAGAUGUAAACACAUCCCGUGACCAGACGUUUGAAAGCCAAGAGGAUUCAAGGGCUCGUGCAUUCAUCCGACAAAUGCGUUUUCCAUCAAGUAGCCCGAUUGCAACCAGUGGGCCAGGAAAUGAUCCAGGUUAUCCAAACAUUUCUGGUACUGAACGCGAGCAAAUUCAAUCUGAGGCAAUCCAGCGUGUUCGUGAUAUGAAUUUGGAUCUCUCAAAAAUCCAAAAUAGGACAGACUCUCAAAUUCGUGCUUACCGUCCUAGAUCUUCUGCCGAUUAUAAGUCGGUUGGCCAAUCUGUUCAUCCUCCUCAUACAGGUGCCAGUAGUAGUUAUACACCCCAUAGUCAGAGAAGAUUUUCGCAGACAGGCCAAUUCCCUAAUAAUGAAGGGGAAAUCCCCGAGAAUGGCUCAGAUGGUAUAAAUCCUGUAGGCAUGCAAGCUGCUGCUCAGCGAAGCAAUAGAAACUCUAUGGCUGCUGUUCCUAGGCGGACCGGUGUUGCUUCAAAUGAUGUAGAUGUUGAAGCUCUACAAAGAAGAAUUUCUAGAGCUUACAUUGAUCAUGAACGUGAAGAAGCUUAUGCGAUUGAUCUUGGUGCUGGUCGUCUUAUUUCUCCGGAGGAGUUAGAGUCAAUUGCCAGACGUAAUGUAGAUCCUAUGGUUUCUGAACUAGCUGAACGUGCCACGCAAGAAAAUCAAAGAAAGCAGGAGGCAAACGAAGCUAAAAAUGCCAAAAAGCUUGCUAAAGAAGAGAAACGCCAGAAGAAAAGAGACGAAAAGGCGCGUAAAGCAGAGGAAAAACGACUUGCUAAGGAAAGAGCUAAAUUUGCUAAGCAGAUGUCCAAGGAGGCUGGUAAAACUGAUGAAGCAGCCCCCACUGUAAUUGCAGACCAAGAACAAGGCAGCACCUCUUCAGAAGUAUCUUUUGGUGAACAAGAGCAAGAAGAUCAAUCUUUUGAUCCUACUACCCAAGAAUUUUUGAUUCAAAAAACUGAUAUAGCAAAUGCUACGAAACAACAAGAAAUGUCUUCAACCGAAAGAGGAGCAGAAGAAGAAGUACAGCAGCCUACCCGCGCGGAACUUUCUGGCGCAACUGAACGUGAUUUGAAUGCUAACGUUCCUGAUCAGUAUCUUCAUGAUGAAGCGAAUGAACUGGAUGGUAUCGGAAGACCUCCGGUUUCUACCGUUGAGAGCAAUGAAAGUGAUUUACAGAGACGAAAUGAGGCCGCUUACACAACCUCACCUAAUGGCCAAUUUACUGAUUCCAAUCAGUUUCCUGUUGUACAAGAAACGGUAAUCAUGUAUGAUGGUCAAGAACAGGCUGUAAGUCCGAAUCUUGAUGAGGUCACAGAGGCUCCUAUGUUUGAUGAUGCUGGCGAAUAUAAAAGAGACGUAUCUCAGAAAGAUGAUUUGGACGAAAGCGCUAAAGUACUUAACAAAAACUCACCAAAGUCACCGGUCGCUUGGUUAAAAAAAAAGCUCAAAAAUCAUAAAGAUAAGGCAGCUGUCAAGCGUAUGUUAGAAGAAGAUUCUUCUAAGAGACUAUCUGAGAAUGAAAAGGUUCAUGUGAGUGCUCUUCAGAGAGAUGUGUCGCCUAUUGGUGAUGGUAUGACUCCAGCUGCUGAAAAUGAACAACGACCGCCGGUUGUUGAAACCCAUUACGAGCCUGGUUCAGUUAUGAAAAAGACUGAGGGAGAGAUGCCGGCUGUUGUGGAUGCUCAACCUCAUGUAAAUGUUUCCUCUGUUCCUCAAACGAACGGUGGUGUUGAAGAAGCAUUGGAUGAAGCAGCUGUUUCAAAAACUGAUGAGUAUCCAGUUGAGAACGGGAACUUUGAACAGAAGAAAGAAAAUACAGGGGAAGAAAAAGAGGAGAGUUCUAAUCAAGUGGUAGGUCAUUUCCCUAUCCCCGGUAAAGAGCCUAUUGGAGCCGCAUUUCAUGAGGAUUUAUAAGUAAGAAAACUACGGUUGUAGGACUGAUUUCAUUUGGUGCAAUUAUCGGCUCUAAUUAAAUUUCUUAAACCUUGACCGUGGCAUGGGCCUUUUGAACGGGUUGAUAAGUAAGAACAUAUUGUCUUUUUUCUGAUAAUUUAAGUUUAAUUAUUAUUUUUGUUUAUUACUGGAAAGUCAAUAUCCUGCUGAAGCUGCCACGCAUUUUUUUACUUUGGUAAAGAUAGAAACUUACGAUUUUUACUUAAGACAGGUUGUUAUUUAUUACUGUAUGACAGUCUAUAAGAAGGAAGACGAUAACUUUUGUGGUGAACGGCUGUCAGCGAACUGAUCUUUUCCGGAUUAUUUAUUGUUUACAAGUAAUUAGUGUUAUAUUAAUAGGAAAAGAAUGUGACUUUCAUACAUAUUAUUAAUUUUAGUAAUUGUUUAUCCUUG